GAGGCUCCUAAAGAGGCUAGAGAAGAGGCUCCUACAGAGGCUACAGAAGAGGCUACAGAAGAGGCUAGAGAAGAGGCUAGUUGGGUGACCAGAGAGGAGUUAGAAAACAUGUUCAAGGACUUAGGUGACAUGAUGAAAGAGGGGUUUAAGAAGUGCAUCAGGGAGAUUAGGAAGAUCUCCGAUAGAUUGGAAGCUGUGGAGAAGAAGGUUGGUGUCACCAAUCAGGCUACCCCUCAAGCCCCAGAAACCGGGGUUAGUAAAAAACACCCUACCCCACAAGCCCCAGAAACCGGGGCUAGUAACAAACAGACUACUCCUCAAAAGGAUCAGCCUCCACUUCAAACCAAUCAUCCUACUCCUCCCACCAGACAGCCUGCUCCUCAAAAGGCAAAGCCUACUCCUCAAACUAAACAGCCUGCUCCUCAAACUAAACAGCCUGCUCCUCAAACUAAACAGCCUGCUCCUCAAACGAAACAGCCUGCUCCUCAAACUAAACAGCCUGCUCCUCAGACGAAACAGCCUGCUCCUCAAACGAAAAAGCCUUCUCCACAAAAGAAACAGCCUUCUCCUCUGCCCAAAGAGAGAUUGUUGCCGGAGGAUACAGCAGAUGAGGCGAUCUCGGUAUAUAAGAUCUUGCCGGAGGAUAAAGCAGAUGGUGUCACCUCCAAAGAGAUUGUUCCUCUCACUUCCACUGACCAACCGAGCUUCGCUUCCAACGAUCAACAACCGAGCUUCGCUUCCACCGAUCCAGCUUCAGCUUCAGAACCGAGCCUGGUUGUAUUGGACCAAACAGCUCCCACUGCUUCUGUGCGUGCAAGGAGUGAACGAACGAAGAAACCUGCUCCCACGCAGAUAUCUCCUUAUACGGCAGAGAGAAGGAAACUCCUUAGAGUGGGAAAGUAUAAUCCAUUUCCCACACUAAACAGACCUAAGAUGAAGGAGCUCGCUGAUUGGUUGAAAACUGAUCCGUAAGUGAUUGCUUUACCC